AAAAGGAGCAACGGAUCUUCUCUCUCCAUCAAGCCCAAGAGUUGCAAGGCUAAAACCCUACACACUCUCUCUCUCUCCUCGCCACCGCCCCGUCCUCUUCAAUCACCCCAAAUCGACGCCGAUGACGUGACCCCAUUUACCAUUCGUUUCCGUUGCCUUCCUUUCCGUCCAUUAAAUUCGCUUCUGCAGCUAUCUACUCCACUCCUCGGCCAUCUCUUAGACUCUCUCCUCAUUCGCUCACCACCUAGCCACUACUGUUGUCAUCCUUGCAGGUCUGAUGGCGGAGGACGGCACCCACCGCCACCGCUUCCUUCUCUUUCUGCUCUCCCUACUCGCGUUCUCCACCUCCUCAGCCGUUUCCCGUCACUUACCGCCGCGGAGCACCCGGUCCACUACGACAGCCACCCUCGACGUUUCCGCCACCCUAGCCCUGGCCCUCCGUGCCCUUUCCUUCGACCCCGUCUCCUCCCACCACCCCCUCUCCCAUAAUAUUUCCUCCUCCGCCAUCUCCCUUCCCCUCCACUCCCGCGACUUCCUCCCCUCCUCCGACGGCCACCGACACCCGGACUACAAGGCCCUGACCCUGGCCCGCCUCCGCCGCGACGCCGCCCGCGUCCGCUCCAUCGCGGCCCGCGCAGCCCUCGCCGUCGGCGGCGUCGCUGCUUCCGAUCUGAAGCCCAUCGCCGAGGAGAAGGCGCUUCCGAUCGCUGCCGCAGACUCGAUCGAGGGUCCUGUCGUCUCUGGGACCAGCCUGGGGAGCGGCGAGUACUUCUCCCGGGUCGGGGUCGGCAGCCCUGCCAAGCCGCUCUACAUGGUUCUCGACACCGGCAGUGACGUCAGCUGGAUUCAGUGCGCCCCCUGCGCCGACUGCUACCAGCAGACCGACCCCGUAUUCGAUCCCUCCGCUUCAUCCUCGUACGUCCCCCUCUCCUGCGAUUCCUCCCAAUGCCGCUCCCUCGACAUAUCCGCCUGCCGGAACUCCUCUUCCUCCAUCGCCGCCGCCACCACAUCCGGCAGAGGCGGUAGCGAGGGGAACUGCCUGUAUCAGGUCUCUUACGGAGACGGAUCUUACACCGUCGGGGACUUCGCCACGGAGACGGUGACCCUCGGCGGGUCGGAUCCGGUGUCCGGCGUCGCCGUCGGGUGCGGCCACGACAACGAGGGCCUGUUUGUCGGUGCGGCCGGGCUGCUCGCCCUCGGCGGUGGACCCCUCUCCUUCCCCUCCCAAAUCUCGGCCCGCUCCUUCUCCUACUGCCUCGUGGACCGCGACUCCCCUGCCUCCUCCACCCUAGAUUUCAGCGCCGCCUCCGCCGCUUCCCACUCCGUCGCUGCUCCCGCCGUGACCGCACCCCUCCUCCGCAACCGCCGGCUCGAGACCUUCUACUACGUCGGUGUCACCGGUAUCAGCGUGGGCGGUGAGAUGCUGUCCAUCCCGCCUUCGGCCUUCGCGGUGGACGAGAGCGGGGCCGGCGGCGUGAUCGUGGACUCCGGCACAGCGGUGACGCGGCUACAAGAGGGGGCCUACUCGGCGCUGCGGGACGCCUUCCGGGCAGGCACGGCAUCGCUGCCCUCGGCCUCGGGAGUGUCGCUGUUCGACACGUGCUACGACCUGUCGUCCAGGACGAGCGUGGAGGUACCGACGGUGGGGUUCCACUUCCCAGGCGGCCGGGAGCUGCGGCUGCCGGCGAAGAACUACCUGAUCCCGGUGGACGGCGCGGGCACCUACUGCCUAGCCUUCGCCCCGACCUCGGCGCCGCUCUCCAUCAUCGGCAACGUGCAGCAGCAGGGGACACGUGUCAGUUUCGACCUUGAGAACGCGUCGGUAGGCUUCACCCCCAACAAGUGCUGAGGCGCGCACUGCGCCGUGAAGUUGGUACGUUUUGAGUGUUGCUCGACGGCAACGGGACGGAAUGGCGACGGAGCAUAGCUGGUUGAUAGUGCCCCUUUAGGAGCUUCCCGUGGAUUGAGGCGAUAGAACUUAUUACGUACUGUUGUUGUCUGUUUGUUGGGGUUGUUUAAUGGUUGUUGGGGGCAAUUAAUGCCGUUAAAGGUUGGUGGA